CUGGUGGAAAGACCGGAGAGUACGGAGGCUCCCGGGUCACCGACGCUGCAGGAGAUCCAGCUCUCCAGAAAUACCUAAACGCGGCUAAGUUUUUGCUCAGAAUGCGUCCGUAAUCCGUCGGACUUUCUUCAACAAGAGGAGGGGGAGGUUAAAAAUCGAACCUUCUGACAUAAAGCUUCGCUAUUUUUAUAUUCCUGGAGAGCUUUAACGCGCCUCGUUUCCAAACAUGAUCGGGAGAGGACUGUUCGUUUUGACAAUUAUGUCCAACUGCGUUCUGUCAUUGCCAGUGACUCCAAGUCAGCUGGAGAAUGAAGACGUGAAGGUGAUGAAAUGCAUUGUGGAGGCGUUGGCAGAUGUGCUAUCACGGCCCCACCCCAUGCCCGUCAGUCAGGAGUGUCUGGUCAUACUGAAGACAGAUGACAGGCUUGUUACUAUCCUUCGCCAUCAUAACUUUCUGAAGGAGCUGCAGGAGAUCGCUGUCGAAGGUGGCCAAGAGCGAGCUCAGCUGCAAAGUGACGCUGCUACACCUGACCCAGCGACGCAAACUCCUCAGGCUACAGAUGACGCUGCUGAUCGAUCCAUGUUGGAGGCUUUGGGAGGCCCCGGUGAGAGAUCUAUCCUCUCCCAGAAGAGGAGGACAGGAAAUGGGGAUGAAGAGGGAGAAAAAGAUGAGAGCCUGAGAGAUGGGGAGUCUCAGGAGGACGAUGACAUUACUGAAGAGAUGCAAGUUAAGAGGGGAGAUGAAGAGAGCCCUGGAAGUCACGUCUCUGAGUCUGUUCACGAGUGGAGUGAGGGCAAGGCUGAGAAGAGGGAGGAAGGAGAAGAGGAAGAGGGGGAAUAUGAGGAGAAGAGAGCAAACUCAGAGGAGAAUUCAGAGGAGGAGAACAUGACCAAGGAUAAGAAAGGUGCUGCAUCUGAUGAAAGGAGAGAUGCACACAGAAACAGACCAAAAGAGAAGAAGUUUGAUGAGGAAGAUGAGGAGGAAGAGAAGGACAAGAGAUCUGCACUCAUCUCACACAAACAGGAGGAGGAGGAAGGGGAGACGAAGAGAGGGAGCAAUGAGGGCCUCAAGCGAUGGACCAAGAGGGCCAAGGGCUUGCAGCUGAGGAAGAAAGCUGGCGAAGAGGAGGUGCAGCAGCUCAGCACUCAGCAUGAAGCGCCACACCAUUCGAAAGAGGUCACAGAGGAUGAGGAGGAGAAGAAGAAGAGGAGAGAUACUCAGAGGAGUCCGGAGGAGAAGGAGCUGCAGAUGAUCGCCAGAAGGGCACCAGAGGAGAGGAGGGGGUCAGAGGAAGAGGGGAGCGCCAGUAGAAAGUCAGAGGAGCCAGAGAUUGAAAGCCUGGCAGCCAUCGAGUCAGAGCUUGAAAAUGUUGCCCAGAAACUCCAUGAGCUGCGGCGAGGCUGAGUGAGAGAGAGGGAGAGAGACUGGUACAAAGUUGACACCGCAACCUCCUCUGCCUCCUCGUCCUCCUCCGCUUUACCAGCUGCCUGGUUUUCCACAGAUAGAGCGUGUGAAUAUGUGACAAGUUUUUAUCUUUUGCUGUCUUUCCUGAGGAUGCCCACUUGUGCCACACUGCUGCACCCUCCCUUGUGACACUCUGUCCCUCACAUAGAGUAGCAAACAGUAGAUGCACAUUGCGACUAGACAUGCAUACUAAAACAUACAAGCGCACAAGUUCUGUGCGUUCAAACACAAGCAUAUAUUAUUCAGAGCGUUCAGCAAGGCUCCCAAAGGAAAAGCGUUUCUGUCAGUGAAGGCUGACAGCUUGUUUUCCAUCAUUUUCUCUGACAAUCAUAUCUGUCUUUCUGCAACUUUCUCGCCUGCUUUUCAGAUCAUUUUAACACUGCACAUUUGACUCGUGUAAAAGGUUGAGGCAGAUCCAGGUAUACACACACCCAACAAGGUGAGGUUGUACAGUAACGGCAUGUAUACAUGUACAAAGCUCUUUCUGAGACGCUUAAUUACUAAUUAGGGAGAAGAAUACAUGCUUAAUUAUUAUUAUUAUUAUUAUAGAUACAGUUGACUGUAAUCAAGCCAAGGCAAUAAGUGAACAUUUUUAGCAGAUAAAUGGUGACAUUGUAUUCUAAAACUGUAUGAAAUUUAUGUAAGAAAACAAAUAAAUUAAAUAGUUUAUCUGGAAA